GAGCUGGAGUUGGGUGGUAUGGGGUGGAGGGAGGCCUGGGUGAAAAGCCUCUGUCAGACAGGGCACCAGCCACAGCAUCCCCAGUCUCCUGGAGCCCUCAGCCUUGAAUGGCACCUCCACCUCGGAAGUCCAACUAGAGGAAGGGGGGGAGGGGUGUUUUUUCUCUUGGGCCUGCCACCUCUCCCACUCUGCUCUCCAAAGCCCCUUAGCAACCAUGCUUCAGGCAGGCUCACAGAAUCCAGAGAUCCUUGGUAACUGGCAGGGAACAGCUGGCCUUCCUCAGUUCUUAUCUUAUUUGAUCUGGCAAAUUAAACAGAGCUGGCCAGUGUGGACCCCAGAGGCUUCAGGGAAGGAGAAACUGGGCCCUCUGGUUUAGUCCUGGUUCAACCCUUCUGUCCCUCAGCUUAAGUCAGCCCUCGGCCAAGGUCAUAGUCAUAGCAGCUCGUACAGAAAGAGAACAGUGCUGAGUGUUUUUGUGUACAUGACUCCACUUAAACCUCAACGACCCUGGGAGGGAGGUAUUCUUAUCAUCACCGUUGUACAGGUGGGAGAACUGGGGCACAGGGAGGUUAAGUAACUUGCCCAAGAUCAUGUAGCUAGUAAGAGGCAGGGCUGGAAUCUGAACCAGCUAGCCUAGCUCCAGCUAGUCCAUGCUCUUUACUACCUAUGCUGCCUGUCAGAUGGGGAAACAGGCACAGAGGCUGACGUUACUUGUCCAGGGCCACACAGCUAGCAAGUGAAUGUGAUGACAUUUAAACCCAGGUAGCCUGCUGCCAGGAGCCUGUUCCUGACUCGGAAGCCAUCCUCAUGACCCUCCCCCUCCCACAGUCACUUGGUAUUUGCUAGAAUCAGUAGGCAAGAGCACUGGGGUGCCCGAGGACACAUUUCUCCAAGAAGACGCCCUCCCUGGGCCCAGAGCCUCUGCCCUGACGGGGCCAGACCAGCAGCGUGGGCACUGUCUCUGCAGGGCCACCAUGCAUUGGCCUCCUGCCUGGCCCCAACCACUUCCACUCUCCAGGGUGGAGCUGACCGGCGCUGAGGAGGAGCCCCGCAUCUCCUGGGCUGCCUGCAGACUGUGACACGUCUUGCGCUCCUCCCCUCACUCAUUUGCCUGAUACCGGCCAUCGCCAUAUUUUAAGGCACAAGUGUGCACACUUACACACACAGUCUCCUCCACUAGGGUUGACCGAGUGUUUUGCCCUCACCUUGCUGGGAGGAAAACAUCAAAGGAGAUGGAGAGGAAAUCCAGCCACUGGGAGUCACAGCAGAUGUGCUGAGGUCACCAGAGAGCCCUGAUGCCUUGGGAUCUGUAGUGAACAGCCCUGAGAACAGAGAGAAUGGAUUAGAAAGGGGUUCUCCUCUAAACAGAACAAGAGUGUCCUCUGCCUGUGUGGGCCCUGCGUAGUCACUGAGCACCUUCCCUUGGCCCUCAGAUGACCUUUAUGGAGGAAUGAUUGCAUGUUUCCAACAAAUAAGCCCUGCUUGCCACUGGCUCUGGCCUUGAAAAACAUGGACUAUGAGAUGAUAACCAUCAACCUCACAAAGGAUGGGGGGCAGCAGUUCUCUGAAGAAUUCCAGGCCCUGAAUCCCAUGAAGCAGGUGCCAGCCCUGAAGAUUGAUGGAAUCACCAUUGGCCAGUCACUGGCCAUCAUUGAGUACCUGGAGGAGACCCGGCCCACGCCGCGACUCCUGCCUCAGGACCCAAAGAAGAGGGCCCACGUGCGCAUGAUUUCCCACCUCCUGGCCAGCGGCAUCCAGCCCCUGCAGAACCUGUCUGUCCUGAAGCAAGUGGGACAGGAGAACCAGCUGACCUGGGCCCAGCAGGCCAUCAGUUCUGGCUUUAAUGCUCUGGAGCAGAUCCUGCAGAGCACAGCGGGGAAGUACUGUGUGGGAGAUGAGGUGUCCAUGGCUGAUCUGUGCUUAGCGCCUCAGGUGGCAAAUGCUGACAGGUUCAAGGUGGAUCUCACUCCCUACCCUACCAUCAGCCGUAUCAACAAGUCACUGCUGGCCUUGGAGGCCUUCCAAGUGUCUCACCCCUGCCGGCAGCCAGAUACACCUCCUGAGCUGAGGGCCUAGCUCUCAAACCGCGCCCCACUGGUGCAGGGGCCGGGAGCGGGUGCGGGAGCAGAAGCUGCAUGGGCUGAAGAGGCCUGGAAGCCAGCGAGCCUUAACUGGAGAGGCGGAAGACCUGAACUCCUAGCCCUUGAACUUGAACUCUAGGCCCUGGAUUUGCCUUCCCACUGAAACUCCUUCUGCCUCAGCCCCUUCAUCUGUCACGUGCGUUCUGCCUCAGCCCCUUCAUCUGUCACGUGCGGGCAGAAUGGGGUGGGAGAAUGCCGGGAGGCGGGUAGGCAGGAAGUCUUCAUGACUGUGUCGCGGGCAGUCAUGAAGAUGAAGUGAAUGUAGACUAAAACGUAUGCCGAGUUUACCAGAGAGCCAUGAGGAAGUCUGAGCGCCUCUUCCUGUCCCCUCGACUGUACCUGAUUCCAAAGAAUGCCCACACUGAAAUCUGAAAAUUAAACUAAAUCCCAGGC